CUUGAACGGGUAAUACUGUAUAAACUUUAUCAGGUUCCUUUAUAAGGAACAAGCGUUGUACGCUUUUAUAACGCACUCAUCAACGGCACACGUGCACACAUGUAUAUAUUGAAAACAGUUAACAUGCUUCAGGUCAGGUUUGCAUUUGCUUAAAGAGGAACUGAAAUGAGAAAGAUGUGUGAGAAGCAGAGGGCGGAAGGGCGGCCGUGUGCGUCAGCCCCUGGUGAGGUAUCGAGAUACAACGACGACGUUCAUUCCCUUUAGCAGGGUGGAUUGUAUGGUCAAGUGUUCAUCUGCUCUUGGACUUCAAUGACCGAUUCCAAAAUGGUGCCAUCAGACUUCACGGCAGUUGAGAAGAUAGAGAUGGAGAGCAUGAGAAUCUACAAGAAAGAUCUACUUGAGGACAUCCAGAAGCUAAAGUCAGAGAUAGACAACGUCAUGGCAGACAUCCUCAGCUUUGAGUCGUCAGAGGAGAGCAGCAGGACUAUCGAGAAAGGAAAGAAGUUCUCCAACGGAAAGAAGAAGUUCAACAUGGACCCCAAAAAGGGUAUUAACUACAUGUUGGGCUGCCAGCUCCUGGAACCCGGAGCCAAAUCUAUCGCUGAGUUCCUCUACAGGGAGGAGGGGCUCAACAAGACCGCCAUCGGGGAGUUCCUGGGAGAGAGGGAGGAGCUCCACCUGCAGACCCUGAAGGCCUUCGUGGAGCUCCACCAGUUCUCCAACCUCAACCUGGUGCAAGCGCUCAGACAGUUCCUGUGGAGUUUCCGCCUGCCCGGUGAGGCCCAGAAGAUCGACCGCAUGAUGGAGGCCUUCGCCACGCGCUACUGCAACUGCAACGCUCCUGUCUUCCAGUCUACUGACACGUGCUACAUCCUGUCCUUCGCCAUCAUCAUGCUGAACACCAGCCUCCACAAUCCCAACGUCAAGGACAAGACCACGCUAGAGCGCUUCAUCUCCAUGAACCGGGGGAUCAACAACGGAGGGGACCUGCCUGUCCCACUGCUCACGAAACUGUACGACAGCAUACGCAACGAGCCCUUCAAGAUCCCAGAAGACGAUGGCAAUGACCUCACUCACACCUUCUUCAACCCUGACCGCGAGGGCUGGCUUCUCAAGCUCGGAGGCCGCGUUAAGACGUGGAAAAGACGCUGGUUCAUCCUGACUGACAACUGCCUGUACUACUUUGAGUACACCGCUGAUAAAGAGCCCAGGGGCAUCAUUCCAUUAGAGAACCUGUGUGUCAAAGAGGUUCACUAUCCUCGCAAGCCUUACUGCCUGGAGAUGACCAACCCCAACAGCCGGGGCCAGAGGAUCAAGGCCUGCAAGACGGAGACGGACGGCCGGGUGGUUGAGGGGAAGCACCAGUCCUACACAAUCUGUGCUGCCAGCGCAGACGAGAGGGACUCCUGGAUAGAGGCCAUCAGAGCGAGCAUCACCAGGGAUCCCUUCUACGACCUGGUCUCCCUGCGCAAAAAGAAGAUCAUCAACCAAGGCAACCAAGACUGAGUGAAACCAGCCCCUGUGUGGAGGACAGGUGACACAGCUUAGCCCUCAAGGAGGAGGACUAACACGUACUCAGAGUGUAGACACUAGACAGGGCCCAGGAGGUGGACGGACCAGGUCAAUGGACGGAUGCUAUCUCUUGGUUCCCCAUAUUUGAGCGCGGACAGACUUAGCGUCAGGAAGAACACGAUUCUAUCUUCCCCAGGUGAUUUCAUCGUGAAAUUAGGAUGUGAUGCGCAGACAGAUUUAGGACAAAGACACCCAUUAUAGUCUAUUCUGUCGAGGGGAGAAACCUGUGUUUCAAUUUGCACUUACCCUGUAAUGGCUUACUUGACUAGACAAGCGUCUGGCCUCCUCUGGCGUGGUGUGUGACUAAACUAGAAGUAGACACACAGUCUCUCAGAUUGCUUCUGGAAACAAUCCGUCAAGGACCCAGAACAGACAGACAGACGGUUUCAAAUCAGUUCUGUUUAUGUCCCCUUCUUCUUGUUCUUCUACCCUUGUGAUAAAUGCAUUUAAUCAGUCGCUCACAAUUGUUGCUGGAGAUUCUAUGCGUUUCUCGAGUACAGUAACCUUGGAGGUUGGAAUUAAUUUACCUUCUCUGGAUCAUUACAGUGAAGGUGUGAAGUGAAAUGUAUUAUUGUUAUGACAACAGAGCUACUAGUAGUAAGACCAUGUGAUUCAGGUUUUUGCAUGAAUACAUGAUCAGAUGAUUGACUGAACUCUUUAAAGUGGUGAUAUUAUGCCACCAGGUGUAAUUGUGAUUAGCCAUUAAAAAACGUUAUUGUGAUGUCACUAAAACAUCCGAAAGGGAAGAUUUUUAAAUGGCUUGUAUUGGCUAAUCACACUCAAGCUUGGUGGCAUAAUACCACCCCUUUAAUUAGUAGACUUACAGCUUACUUAAUUGAAUAAGGUUGCAUUAUAAUUAUACUAAUUUUGUUUUGCACACUAGCUUAUAAACUGUUGUUUAUAACCAAUCAUAGCAAAUUAAGCAAUCUUAUAAACCGCUUGUAAACUAUUGUUAGCUUUCAAAGCUUUCAAACAUACUAACAUUAUCUAGAUCCUCUUUUAGUUUUAAAUAAAUGGUACUCCGGGUAUACAACAGACAUAUGCCUACACACUGAAACCAUUACCUUAUCACAGCCAUAUCAUACUUCCUCUUCACGAAAACUCCCACCAAAAAAAAACACAAAAACAUGCAUGGGGUUGUUAUGUGUCCACCUAUUUGAUGUACAUUGUACUGUAUAUAUGGACGUGUAUGUAAAUGUUAAAACAAAUGUAUAAAUGUUUUUAAUGGUGUAUAAAAUGAAUGGGGAUGGGGAUCUCGGGAAACCUGCAAACAAAUGAGUUAACGGAAAAUAGGAAUUUGAAUAGCUUGAAUUUGCUGUGUAUUGUGUUUUUAUACAGUUUUGAUGUUGUAACCUGACUAGGAAAUUUGCAAAGCUAGUAAUAAAUUUCAUAUUUAUUUUGA